CAUAGCUCCAAAACACAAACAAAACACUCAUCAAUAAUCCAGAACCCACAAAAUCAAGCUUCCAUUUUCAGCUCCUCUCUUCCUGUUUCACUCCAAAUACACAUAAAAAAAAAAAGAGAAGAAGAUAAAAUGGAGUUCUUGGCAGCAUUCCCUGAUGCAGAAUUCAACCUUAGUUCAUACUUCUUAAUGGAGGCUGACCACCAUGGCUUCAACUCUCAAGAGCUUGUGAGUAGUUAUCAUCAGGACAACAUGAUGAUGGCAGCCAUGGGGGACGAGGUGAUUACUCACCAGAGUCUUCUCUGCUCGUUUGCCCCGAUGGAGAUGAUGAACUAUAACAGCACCACCACAACUACAACCAACAGCAGCACUGACUGUAGCGGCAACAACAGCCCAUUAUUCGAUCCUGCUGCUCAUUUUCUCAAUGUUCAUGAGGAAUCAGCCAAUUACAGCAACAUCCCUAUGUCCAUCAGCAACGGCGUCUCUUCCAUGGGAUGGCAGCUCAAAAGGAAACUCGAUAACCUCGAAUUAUCCGAAAUCCCCCAAAGCAAGAGGAAGUGCCAAAAGUCCUCGUCGUGCAGUGUUAGCCCUAAUCGCGACGAGGAAAUGGUGAGCAACAUGAUGAACAACAACAACAACAACAACAACAACAAUGUGGCCUAUAAUAACUCUGGACGCGGUGGGCAGAGCUCGAGCAGUUGUAACUCCGAGGAGGAGAUGGAAUGCUCGAACAACAAUGGAGACUCCUCCAAAAUCUUUGCUAAAAAGACAUCAUCGAAAGCCAGCCGUGGAUCAGCCACCGACCCUCAGAGCCUCUACGCUAGAAAGAGGAGAGAGAGGAUCAACGAGAGGCUGAGGAUGCUGCAGACUUUGGUGCCCAACGGGACCAAAGUUGACAUCAGCACAAUGCUGGAAGAGGCGGUUCAUUAUGUCAAGUACUUGCAGCUCCAGAUCAAGCUACUGAGCUCUGAUGACCUAUGGAUGUACGCACCGAUUGCUUACAAUGGAGUCGACGUUGGGCUGAACCAGAAGCUCUCUACUCUUCUAUGAACAGUUGAUCGAUUAUUUGUGGGCAGCUGUUGCAUACUUUUUUUUUUUUUUUUUUUGUGGCUAAUUAUAAUCAAUUUAAUUUUUACAC